CUCCCAGAGCUGGGGAUAGAACCAAGAGUCCAGGCCUCCAGCCCUGCUCCCCCCUCCAUUACCCUCACUGCUGAUUGUGCCCCUGCGCUGGGCAGCUUGGCCCUGUGUCAGAUGGAGGAGCUGGGUGUGGGAGAGGGGAAGCUAGAGGGUAAAACACCAAACAAACCCCCUUCCCUGGAGACGAUCAGCCGUGGCUGGGACCCAUCAGGGUUUUGUCCCUAGCAAGUUCAUUGUGAUCGAUCCUUAGGUCCUUGGUACUGGUGGGGGAGCCCCUCUCUCGUCCUGCUUCACAGGCCUGUCCUGCGGGAAACGUGCCCUUGGUCCCCCUCCCGGUCCAUAAUGGGGGGCAGUCCAUAACUCCCAGUGUUACAAGCCCUGUAUUUACAGGACAAGUUAACCUGUCCCCGAAAUCCCUGAGACUCCCUCAGACUGCAGGACUCUGCCCCCGCCCAGGGCACUGCAGCGCCACAUGGCCUGCUGGCCCAGCCCUGUUACCCGUCUGUCGGCAGAUGCGUGGCUCCCGCAGUAAGGCCCUGCACGACCGGGCGCUGGUGAACUGUCAGUACAGCAUGGCCACCUUCAGCACAGGGGAGCGCAAGCGCCGGCCCCAUGGCGACCGCAAGUCCAGUGAGCUGACGCUGCACCUCAAGCAGACCUUUGAGGCAGCGAUCCUCACCCAGCUCUACCCCCGCUCCCAGAUCGACAUCUACGUGCAGAUCCUGCAGGCGGAUGGUGGGAAUUACUGUGCCUGCGUGAACGCAGCCACGCUGGCCACCAUCGACGCAGGCAUCCCCAUGCGAGACUACGUGUGCGCCAGCUCAGCCGGCUUCAUCGAGGACACACCGCUGGCCGACCUCAACUACGUGGAGGAGGCAGCUGGGGGCCCCCAGGUGGCCCUCGCCCUGCUGCCCAAGUCAGACCAGAUUGCCCUGCUGGAGAUGAACUCGCGGCUGCACGAGGACCACCUGGAGCAGGUAAUCGAGGCUGCCAGCAAGGCCUGCAAGGACGUCUAUGCCGUGCUGGAUCAGGUGGUGCGUGACCACGUGCACGAGGUCACCACGCUCCUGGGGGAGUGAGUGCACAGGUGUGUGCGCCUAGGACUAGCGCUGCAUGGGGGCAGGGAGCACUGCCCUGGCCUCAGCAAGGGAUCGGUUCUGCAGACAGUGCUAAUGCCAGCAAUGUGCCUGUUCGUCCAGCAGCCUGGUUCUGUAGCGCCCCAACGUCAACAUCUGUGUUGGGCCCAGGCUGAGCUCCUCUGCUUGGUGGUAACAUCGCGUCGCUACGUUUGAACGUCUUGCCAGGGUGUCUCCCUGGGUGACAGACCCUGAGUGUCGUACUCGUGUCUGUAGUCCUGGCUGCCUACACCCGGGCUUUGGGCCCCCUCUCAAUCUCCUAGAGGCUGCAAGGGGCUGGAGCGUGCGUCCCAGUAGGCAGCUGUUCCAUGGCUUGGGGCAGGAGCAGCUCGCUCCCCAGAUACCAGUGGCAGUUCCUUUUUAUAAAAACCGCUCUAAAUAAAAUGUUGCUUUGGU